AUGGAUUCUUCACCUCUCAGCCUUCUACCACAAGACACCCUCCAUCAGAUCUUGAGUCAUCUUUCCCUCCGCCAAAUUGCCACCUGCAAAUGCGUCUGUAAAGCCCUCUCUGCCUCCCUAUCCUCGCCGCCGUUCCUGCAUCUGAUUGCCGACCAAUCACUUCCCGCCUCCCUCUCCCUCCUUGCUUUGAAGCCCUUCGAUGGCCACCAUUUGGCCCCUGAUUCCGCCCUUGAUGCUUUUGACCUUUCUGAAAAUCAAUGGAUUAGAUUUUCUCUUUCGUUUCUCCCUUUUUCUUCGCUGCACCCUAUCACCGCCUCCCACGGCCUCGUCUACUUGUGGGCUUCUCCACCGCCAGUACUGGAACCCAAUAACACCCCUGUGCCCAAUUCCCACAAGGCCCUCGUGGUCUGUAAUCCUUUGACCCGCCAGUUCAAAACCCUCCCUCAGCUCGGCUCGGCUUGGUCCCGCCAUGGCUCGGUCUUAGUCGGCUCGGCUAAUGUAGUCCUUGUCCUCACAGAGCUUGCCAUUCUCUACUACUGCGCAAGUAACAAUAACAUCAGCAAUAAUAAUAUGAAUGUUAAUGUAGUCAACAAUUGGCUAAAGUUUUCGUCGAAUUUACCAUCUAAGACGCGGAGUCCCAUUUUGGUUUUGGAUUUUAUUUUGACAUUGUGUGAUGUGGGAACUCCUUGGAGGUCCCAGUGGGCGAUGUUUAAGAUGAAAAUUUCAGAUAUGGAGAAAACACAGCAAUGGGAUCAGGUGCAGAAGCCUGAGUGGGGGGAUGUUUUCGACAUUUUGAAGCGGCCGAGGUUGGUGAAGGCCGGGAAUGAAAAGAAGGUGUACAUGGUCGGCGGAUUGAAAAACUCGCAGGCUUUGCAAAGCUUGUGCACUACGGUCUUGAUAUUAAAGUUGGACUUGGAGAACAUGGAGUGGGAGGAGGCGGGACGAAUGCCAAUGGACAUGUAUAGGCGUUUCUUGGAAAGUACAAAGUUCAAGGUGUUUGGUGGGGGCAAUAGGAUUUGUUUUUCGGCGAAAAAGCUAGAAAAGUUGGCACUUUGGGAAGAAAAUGAGGAGGGAAGAACCGAAUGGCGAUGGAUUGAAGGCAUUCCCAAGGAUGAUGACGGUCUUUGUCGUGGAUUCAUGUUUGAUGCGAGGCUCGAUGCUGCGGUAUAG